AUCAUUAGUUUUGCGCUUCUAUAUUGAUCUGAACCUCUCUCAGGUUAUUAUUAUUGUUAUUAUUGACGAGUAUUGAUUGUAGUACAACAGGCUGAAGUCGAUCUUGUUCAGGUGAGGAUUUUGUUUCAGGUCAGCUUUCACCUGGUUGGUGAAUUAUUGAUGAGGCGAGUCUCUCUCUCUGGGAGACGAUCAAAGCCAACAGAAGACGAGUAAACAGGAGGCGGGAAGACGUCGAGACCAAAUAAAGCAAACAAGAAGAGAAACACAGAAACAAAACAGAAGAGCAGAUAAACAUGGAACGAUGAAGACUGAGGAAGAAGAGGAGGAAUACAACAAACCCAGGGAAGAUGAUUCAUGAAGAUGAAGAGGAGGAUGAUGAUCCCCUGCCCCCCCCUCCCUGCUCCUCUGUUGCCAUGGAGACGGCGAUGUCGGGCAGGAGGCCGGACCUGGCGUGCAUCGUGUGUUUCGGCAGCUACGACUUGCUGACGCGGUUGCCACGGCGACUCCACUGUGGCCACGCCUUCUGCCAGGCGUGUCUGAAGAGACUCGACACGGUGAUCAACGAGCAGGCGUGGAUCCCGUGUCCCCAGUGUCGGCAGAACACGCCGCGGCCGCGCGGUGGCGCCGCCGGUCUGGACCUGGACCUGGCGUCCUUCCUGGCGGUGAAGGCCCAGCAGACCUUCGUCUCCUGCUCCUCUUCCUCGCGAAGCUCUGCCCCCAGGGGCGGAGCUUCAUCUGGCGAUGGGAAGCUUUGGCUUGGGAAGGAAGUUCCCGAUGACGGCUGGCGGCACGGCGGCCUGGCGGAGCCGCGAUUCCAUCGCUACGGCGACUGCUGCCUGGCGCCGUCCUGCUGGCACUGCUGCUGGUUCUGCUGCCCCGGGCGAGGCUGACAGACCGGACCGGAACCGACCCGGCUCUGGAUGAGGCCCGGUACUGAUGUGCAUCCUAGAUUUCCUGGUUCCGGGUUAGUUCUGUGUCAGAACCGGGUCGGCUCUGGGUCGCCGUGAACAAUAAUCAGAGCUUUGAAAUGUUUCGUGUUCAGAAACAUCAAAUAAAAGCUUUAAUGUUUUGGGUCUUUGAUCUCAUUGAUCUCAUCUGCAGCUUGUUUCAUAAAUCCUUUGUUACCAUGGAGACGAAAAAGCAGAUCUGAUCAGAACCUGAUUCACUGUAAGGUCCAGUUGACACGUCAGAACUACCCCAGAUCAAAUACCAGAUC